AUGACGUCUUAUAUCUCCGCUAUUCAGGCAUAUGAGCGUGAAAGAUCCCCCAUAAAUAACCCACUACUAUCCUCAAUAUCCCAGGCGCCAACAACAUGGUCGGAUAAAUACCGCGGCGCUACUGUAGAAGAUCUCGACCCUCCCCCAGCCCUAUCCACCUCCCCCCAUGACUCCAUAUCCUCCGCCCUUCUAGCCGCCUACGAACGAGACUACACCCAUCUCACCGUAAUCUCCUCCACAUCUCGCUCACUCCUCGGCUACCUCAACAUCCCACGCUUAAAGUCCCUCAUACAAGAAGGCACUGUCACGGAAAGCGACCCAGUAGAAAAAGCGAUGCAGAAGUUUCAAAGAAAAGGUCAUGUGUAUAAGGUCAUUAUGAUGGAUACUCCGCUUGAGGAGCUGGAGAGGUUUUUCAAUGGCGAGAUGGGUGAUGGGGAAAGGAGAGACAAGCAGGAUUUCGCAGUUGUGACCGAUGCGAGUAGGAAGUUCGUUUUGGGGGUUGCGACGAGAGAGGACUUAGAGCAGUUCGUGAAAAGGAGGCCAGCCUGA